AUGAAGAGCCUAAGGAAAGACCGAGAGCGUUGGUGGACAAUGAAGGCUUCCGCCGCUGAAAAGAGCCGCGCCCUAUAUCAACUGGAUCGAUCGACUAGCCCUAGGAAAGCAAUGGCUAGUGAAACGAUGAGCGAGAUUGAUACGGGUGAAUGUAAUGUAAACCUGAAUCGCCCAUCAGCAGAAGAAAGAGAAUACCAAAUAACCCUACUGAAACGUGACAAAAUAUCAAAAUCGGGUGGUCUGUAUCCAGCCCUCUCCAUAGAAGGUGGAAAAUCAAUGACUACCUUGAUGUGGCAAUGGUUCUCUGGUGCUCUGGAUCUUUUUUACGGCACGCGGUAUUACGUUCAACCAUUCAGACGUGAGAAUUCAGAUGCGUCCCCCAUUCAGAUGCAUCCAAAGUGCGCUGGUGAAAUAGUGGUAACACGUUCGCCUCGCAUGUCAGGUGUCCGGAGUUCAAAACAUGGCCAUUGGAUAUGCACUGCUGGUAAGCUCUAA